AUGAUGAUGAGAUAUGGUUUCAAAUUCAUUUCGUCUAGUCCGAAUGAUAUGCAACAUAUCCCUUCUGCUUCCGGUACUAUAUUAUGGAGAAAGCCAUCACCAGGAAUCUUCAAGUGUAAUCUUUGGGCUGCUUGGGUUAAUGAUCGGAGAAAAUGUGGUGCUUCUUGGAUUUUCCAUGAUCACUUGGGUCAACCUCUAUUUCGUAAUAAUCGAUCUUUCUCUACGGUGUCAACCAAACUUGAAUCCGAACUCUUUAUGCUUCAUUGGACAGUAGAAAGCCUCAAGAACUUGCAUUUUCAGAAAGUGUGUUUUGAAUGCUCAUCAGAGUCAUUGAAAGAAAACCAUCUUAAACCCAAACCAGAAUCCUCGGUUUCGCUCCUUGACUCUGUCCAUAUUGCAUAA